AUGCCUCUCGAAGAACAGCAAACUGAAGUGCGCAGAAAGCGAGCCAAAAUAGUCAGCGCUUGUGGAGAAUGCAGACGCAAAAAGACAAAGUGCAAUGGAGAGCACCCUUGCAGAAAUUGCGAGAAAUCGGGAGUGCCUUGUGUCUACCCAUCCUCUUCCAUAAACGAUGACAAACGUAACGCGCCAAGCAAAGCAGCCCUGGAGGCAAUUGAAGAACGUUUAAAGACCAUUGAAGACAUGCUGCGAGCCAUCAUCAAAGCACAGAAUAUGAUUUCAGUCGAUAUGGAUCCCGUUGUUAACAAUUUCCUGCACAGAGAUUCCAAAUCGUCCUCAUCAUCUGUCUCGUCUCCUCCUCCUUCCUCACAUAAGCAAUUAAACACACCUCCACCUCCACCUCAGUCUCUGCCUCCACCUCCUACCUCGCCAUCCCAGCAGCAGCAACAGCAGAGUAACAGACUCCCGUCUAUCCGAAGCUUAUCCUCUUCUUACACAACCGAGCCGAAACUUGAACCAAGAGAUCUUCCACCGUUAGGAUUUCAACCCUAUGCUUACAACAGCAAUCCUUCUUCCUCAUCCUCUUGUAAAUAUCAAUCGGAGACAGAAGAGUUCAUGAAGAAACGCAAAAGAUGA